GUUAAAGAGACGGGGAUACGCAAGUUGUUGGUCUGCUCGAUCCAACACUUGGACGGACCUCUACUUGUGGCGUUUGUCGUGAGGUGGCAGCUAGGCACCAAUACCUUUCACAUGCCUUUUGGAGAGAUGACCAUCACGCUCCACGAUGUUGCGGUGCUGCUCGGGAUUCCAGUCGAUGGACAUAUGGUUGUAGUGAAAGUGUGA